CACGUCUUGGAUGCAUAUUGGGGUAUCCUAUCAAGAGGUGCCUCAGCUCGCUUGGCGAUGGUGCACUACAUGAAGCGGUGAGAAAGAAAGGAAAAGCCACAAAGACGGCAGAACUGUACUCGCACAGCAGUUUUCGAUAGUUUGGUUUCUACGAGGCCGUGUGCUACAUACUUCCUGUUUGCCGAUGCUGGUUGGCUCAUCCUACCCUGCAGGGUUGAAGAAUCGAGUGCAUGGUGGUCUACAUGCGCAUGCACAGUGAUCUGUGUGAUGCGGCGCGGCGCCCAAGCGUGGAAUGUCAGCGCACCAGCAUCCUCUUUCUUCCCAUGUUUCUUGCUCACUGACUGCAUUCACCGGCAGCAGUACUGCUACUGGACCACUGCCGCUCAGAAAGUCGGCAAGUCUAGAGGACUGGGGCGGGUGGUGUGCAACUGCUGGCCAACAGAAUCGAUCACAGCCCUCUCAUAUGCAGCUCCUCCGCCAUACGUGCGGCUGCAGCAACAUGGCCCACGCACCCCUUCGACGAGUCGCUAAUGGUAUUUUUGGGGGUGGCAGAACUUCUGGACAGCUGGAUCCCUCAAAUGGUACAGAGCAACUGGUGAUCACAGCUGCAGACGGUCCGAUAGCUCUUGUCUGGCACUGCGUCGUGUGGCCUGGCCGUUGCAGCGAACCCUCAUCAUAAGAGACACUGUGUAUGACCACAGCCUCAGUACGCUCAUUUUAAAGCCUCCGGAUGGCCUAGUACCAAUGGAGCGA